UAUUUUGGCAUCAAUAUAGAAGCUAAAUUAAACUAAGCUAAAGAUAAAGAUGCAUAUCUUCAUUCUUCCGUGCCCGCCAGCAUCCUCGGGCAUCAAUUCAGUUCCUCCCGGCGGGCAAACAAACUUGCUUAAUGUGUUAUUGUUUAAAAUCAACGAACUUCAUACCUAAUUAAAUAUGCUAACAGCGGUGGCCGUGAUGAACUGUUACGGAGGAUUAAUUGAUCAUCUGAUAAAGCUAUAAAGCAACAGCUGGCCCCAAACGAGAUUUAGUUGCCGAGAUCACGGGCGCGAUGAAGAAAAUGGGUAGAAGAGCAAACGAUUUGGUAGAUGGUCGUGGUGGUCUCGCGUCUCUCGCUCUGAUCUGUGUGUUUGUGAGUGGUUCUGUUUUCGCAGCUGAUCAACCCAACAUCGUGCUCAUCGUCGCUGAUGAUCUCGGGUGGAACGAUGUCGGCUUCCACGGCAGCAACCAGAUCCCCACGCCCAACAUCGACGCCCUUGCUUACAACGGCAUCAUUCUCAACAGCCACUACGUUCAGUCGACGUGCACCCCAUCGAGGACGGCUUUGCUCACCGGGAAAUAUCCCAUGCGAUUAGGAAUGCAAGGUUAUCCACUUCUGCCCGCUGAAAAAAGGGCCGUUCCAGAGGGAAAACUGCUUCCGGAAUACUUUAAGGAUCUGGGCUACAGCACUCAUCUUAUUGGAAAAUGGCAUCUGGGAUAUUCCAGCUGGAACGAAACACCCACUUUCAGAGGCUUCGACCAUCAUUUUGGCUAUUAUAAUGGCUUCAUCAGCUAUUAUGAUUACUUGUCAACUUGGACGUUCAACGACAAGGAGUAUACGGGCUUCGAUCUACGCAAGGACGGGGUGCCCGCAUUCGAAGAAGUGGGAAAAUACGUCACUGACGCCUUUACCGAGCACGCCGUCAAGACCAUCGAGGAGAACGACGGCACCAAGCCGCUGUUCCUCAUGGUGGCUCACACCGCGACCCACGCGGGCAACGUGGGGAAGCUGCUCGAGGCGCCCCAGGAGACCAUCAACAAAUUCAAGCACGUAGAGGAUUCCAAUAGAAGGACAUACGCCGCAAUGGUUUCAAAGCUUGACGACAGCGUGGGAACCAUCGUAGAAGCUCUGGCGAACAAGAAUAUGCUAUCCAACUCCAUCGUAGUCUUCCUGUCGGACAACGGCGCAGCCACAGUGGCCCCCGCCUACGCCAACUGGGGCAGCAACUACCCCUUACGCGGCGUCAAGCAGACCCUCUUCGAAGGUGGCAUUCGCGGGGCAGCUUUCAUAUACAGUCCGCUGCUGGUGCAGUCGGGCAGGGUGUCCACCGACCUUAUGCACAUUACCGACUGGUUGCCUACCUUGUACAGUGCUGCUGGAGGAGACAUCGGGCUACUCGAUCCGGAUCUGGACGGAAUAGAUCAGUGGUCCAGCUUGGUGUACGACUUACCUUCGCCCAGGAACGACAUCCUGAUCAACAUCGACGAGAAGACGAGAAACGCAGGCCUUCGUUUCUACAACUGGAAAUUGAUUGUCGGGACCAGCCUGAACGGCACCUACAACGACUACUACGGACACCUCGUCAUGGGCGACAUAGAGCCCCGGAGCUACGACACCGCUUCGGUGUUCGACAGUCCUGCGGGCCGAAGUGUGCGGAAGGCCAGCUACACCCCCCUGACGGAGGUGGAGUACGAAGCGGUGAGGAGGGCGGCCACCCUGACGUGCCUCGAACCCAAGGCCAAGAAGAAUCCCUGCGAUCCUGCUAGUGGGGCGGUGUGCCUGUACGACAUCCCCAGCGACCCCUGCGAGGAGAACGAUCUGGCGAAGUUCUUCCCCAGCGUGGUGAGAAGGAUGAAACGAGCUUUAGUCGACUAUCGGAAGGGUCUGGUGCCCCAGGCCGAUGCGGACAUCGACAUAGAAGUGGCCCAACCCAAACUGUUCCGGUACACUUGGAAUCCGUGGGUGAACUGCGCCGAUUCCUCCUGUCAGAUCCCGGCCUAAGUGACGUUUUUGUGAAUCUGCGGCUGGUUUCUACCUUUUUUUUAUACUUUCGUUUGUGGGAUAACCCCUUUAGGGACUAAAUGGAAAAGGUUUGUCGGGGUCUGAGGUGUAGUGCUGAUAAAUUAUUUUAUAUGUAAUGUUUCCCAAUAAAUUGGCCCUUGGUGGUGAAGUUGUGAAAUUCAAAAUUUAAUUUAUUGUAUGUUUUUGUGAUAGGGUGUAUCUAUGUAAAUAAAGUUAGAUAUUAAAUAUUA